AAAUUACUAAAUAAAAUAAAUUAAUUAUAUAUCUUUUUAAUUUUAUAUGUUAUAUAUUUAUAUAUAUACAUAUAUAUUAGAAAUAUAUUCAUUAAAAAUAAAUAUAUUAUAUAUUAUAUACUAAUUUUAUAAUAAUUUAAAUAACAUACUCAUACUGCUCUAUCAAUCAUCCAAUUAAACAGUUUAGCAAAAGCAUACAGCUCCUGCAACAUACUGCUUGUAUAGCAUACUGUUACUGCUAAUGCUCUACCAAUCAAGGGCUUGGGCUAAAAACAUAGCAUAUUGAUAGAAACAAAGCUUCACUUGUUUGUUUUAUUAAUUUUUCUCAGCGAACCACAUCACCAUGGCCCUUCCAUGUUGUUUGCGACCUACUUCCCCCCAGAAAUGAAUUCGAUUGCAAAGUUAUUUACCAAUGCAUUGUUGAGGUAGCAUUAGCCCCAUGUUUGUCUAGCCAGUCGCCUUCUAUGUCUCUCCCAGCAGAUUUAAUAUAUUGUGAUUUGAAACACAUAACAUAGUAAGAAGCGUGAAAUUUAACCAAAGAGAAUCCAACGAUCAACUCUAGGAUGCGUCUCCAGUCUUUCGGAUAGCUAGUGCCCAGUAACUGUGUAAAAGGACAUGAGAAGGAUGAAGAGUUACAAGACCGAUGUGUGUUCGGUGGAUAUCCUUUUGGUGACUGUGCUUAUGGCAUAAAGGUUGAGUUAACAAUUGCGACAUGAAUGUGUAUUUAUGAAUAUACUUUGGGUGUACAUGUUCUUGGUGGAUAAACUAUUGGUGAAUAGUAUGAUAAAAUAUUGUCUAUGUUGACACAUAUAAAUAUUUAUAAAUGCAAAGAUAACUGAAGAAUAACUAAAGUAAAAAUUUAAGGAAAGGAAGAAAAUUUGAAAAAGUGAUGAAAACAAACACCAAGAGAGAUGGAAGUAAAAAUGGUUAGUGUAGUUGAAGAGGUUGGAAGACAAUAGAGUAAUGUUACAAGAGAUAAAGUGUGUAGCAUAGAUAAAGUGCCUUUAAAUGUAAUAAGUUCUGAAACCAAAAAAAGUUCCGAAAAGUGUCUUUAUGUGUAAAUGUUUCUUGAAUUCAGUAUAUAUUGAUAAGACCAUGUUUAUCCCAGGUCCUUAACUGGUUUCUUAAGGAAAAUAGGUGAUUUAAUUAAUUCAAAAGUAAUUAUAAUGUUAGUUACCGAUCCUUAACUGGGAGUUUUGGGAAUCGAUUUUAAUGGGGUGUUUGGUACACGUGUCGGCGAGGAAAUGCAACAAGAUUUUUUUUCUUCUUUUGUUUCAUUCUUUUCUUUUCACGCGUUUGGUGUUCCUCGUCUUCUCCGUUUCUAGACGAUCGAAAGUCAAAACCCACCAUGUCUGCUCUCGCUUCUCCGUAUGAGACGAUCGACGACUCUGUCGGUCAUCACGGCGUCUCCUCCGUGUUCUCCGUCAGACGAAACCCUAAACACGAUGUGUUCUGAUCUUUAUGUGUUCUGAUUAACUUUGUGUACACUUGGUGGCAAUCUAUUAAAUUGUUUAGGUAAAGGGCCUUACAACGGAAGAGCUUGCUGCUAGAAACGAUUUGGUACUUGCGCUUCCGGCUAGGAUUGAAGCUAUACCUGAUGGGACUGCGGGUGGUCCUAAAAGCACUAGUGCGUGGGCUCCUUCUACAAUAUGGGCGUUUUGAUGAUGAUUACUUUCAAGAAUCACAUGAGUCCAGCCAGUUCAGACAUGAGUUUGAGAUGCGGAAAAUUAAACAGGCAGGUUUAGAUGCUUUGAAGAACAUGGCAUCUGAUAUGAACGAGCUGGACCGUCAAGUUCCUCUGAGGGAUGAAAUCGACUCAAAGGUAGUCAAUAUGGCCAGUCAAUUCAGAGCGUAGUGGACUUGGGAGUGGAAGUGUUGUUUGAUCACGGACUGAAAUUUUGCAUGUUUGAUUGACAGAGGUGAGAUAGCGAGUCACGGACUUGGGAGUGGAAGUCUUGUAAUGUUUUGUAUUUUUAUGUGUCACGGACUAGAAAGUCUCGUGUGUCUCUUCGUAAUUUUAUGUGUAACAGAUUUGGUAAUAAAAUAUCAGCUUCCCUUAUAAAGGCUCGUGUGUCAUUCUUGAACCA